AUGGGGACAUCCAAUAACAGCAUCUUGCAACCUUCUACAUUGUUCCUGACAGGCAUCCCUGGGUUGGAAACUUGGCAUGCCUGGAUCUCCAUCCCCUUCUGCUUCCUGUAUUUCCUGGCCAUAACUGGUAAUAUUGUUAUUCUCAUUGUCAUCGAGAGGGAGCACAGCCUCCGUGAGCCCAUGUACCUCUUCCUUUCCAUGCUGGCCAUCUCGGAGCUGGGCGUCUCCCUGUCUACAGUCCCAACCAUGCUGAGCGUGUUGCUGUUUGAUUUGAGGGCGAUCAAGAUUGAUGCCUGUCUUGCCCAGAUGUUCUUCAUCCACUGCUUUUCCAUCAUGGACUCUGGGGUGCUUCUGGCCAUGGCCUUUGACCGUUUUGUGGCCAUCUACAACCCCCUGCGGUACAACUUGAUCCUGACAGGCCCACGGAUAAGCCUCCUCGGACUGGUCAUCACCAUGCGGAGUGUUUUACUAAUGGCACCAUUUCCUUUUCUCCUGAAAAGGCUCCCGUUCUGCAAAGCCAACGUGCUGGCUCACUCGUACUGCCUGCAUCCCGAUUUGAUCCAGCUGCCAUGUGCAGAUACCAGAAUCAACAGUUUUUAUGGCUUGUUUGUGGUAAUCUCCACAUUUGGGCUGGACUCACUUUGUAUUGUCCUGUCUUAUGUCAUGAUCCUUAAGACGGUACUGAGCAUUGCCUCCAUGGAAGAGCGUCACAAGGCCCUGAACACAUGCGUGUCUCACUUCUCUGCUGUCCUGAUAUACUACAUCCCCAUGAUCAGUUUGUCUAUGAUGCACAGGUUUGGCAAACACGCUUCCCCCCUUGUCCACAUCCUCAUGGCCAAUAUCUACCUCUUUGUCCCCCCUGUGCUCAACCCCAUCAUUUACAGCAUCAGGACUAAGCAGAUCCGCAGAGGGAUCUCCAGGAUGCUCGGUUUGAAGAGGGCUUGA